AAAAAACGAUGGCGCAUUUCAAAAUUACAGAACUUUGAAUCAGCUUUUGAAUUUUCAAAACUCUGAAACCAUCCCUCUCACAGUCAUUGUAGAAGAAUCUCUCAUUCUUCAUUCUCAUGGGGGUUAGGAAUCUAUGGGACAUUCUCGAAUCUUGCAAGAAAACGGUUCCUCUUCACAGUCUCCAGAACAAAAGGGUGUGUGUUGAUCUAUCGUGCUGGGUGGUUCAGCUUCAUAAAGUGUCGCAUGCUUGUUUGAAAGAGAGGGUUUUUCUUAGAGGACUCUUUCAUCGUCUUAGAGCUCUUAUUUCCCUCAAUUGCACCGUCGUUUUCGUUUCAGAUGGGUCAAUACCUGCCAUCAAAAUAUCAACUUAUAGGCGCCGCUUAAACAAUGGAAAGGAGGUUGCUCAAAACGAAACUAACUCACAGAAUGCGAUAUCUUUACGAAGAAAUUUGGGGUCUGAAUUUUCAUGCAUGGUUAAAGAGGCUAAAGCCUUGGGGAUGGCUCUUGGCGUCUCUUGUUUGAAUGGGAUUGAAGAGGCUGAAGCUCAGUGUGCUUUGUUGAACUCUGAAUCAUUAUGUGAUGGAUGUUUCAGUUCAGAUUCAGAUAUAUUUCUCUUUGGUGCAAGGACAGUGUACAGGGAAAUUUGCCUUGGAGAUGGUGGGUAUGUUGUAUGUUAUGAGAUGGCAGACAUUGAAAGUAAACUUGGACUUGGACGCGAUUCAUUGAUUGCUCUCUCCUUGCUUCUCGGCAGUGACUAUCAUCAAGGAGUUCAUGGUUUAGGUCCGGAGUUAGCUUGCCAGAUAGUAAAGUCAAUUGGGGACAAAGAUGUUCUAAAAAAAUUUGCUUCUGAAGGACUUGGAUGGGUGAAAAAAAGAAAAGGAGCUAAAAAUAAUAUAGGAAAGGAUGAUACCAUUUUACAAGUGAUUGAUGCUUAUUUGAAGCCAAAAUGCCACUCAGCAGAUUCCGAUUUUGUGCUCAAGGCUCAUUCUCAGUUUCCAUUUCAACGUACUAAGCUCCAUCAUAUAUGUGCUGUAUACUUCGAAUGGCCUUCAGAGAGAACAGAUGGAUAUAUCCUUCCAUGUAUAGCAGAAAGAGAUUUACGACGAUUUGCCAAUUUGCGAUCAACUUCAUCUGAACUUGGGUUGAACCUUCCUUUACAUGAGAUCCCUGUGAAAUGUCCUGUGUCAGAAAUCAUUAAGUGUCGAAAAGUGCAAGGGAGAGAGUGCUUUGAGGUUUCUUGGAAAGACAUGGAUGGACUCGAGACAUCAAUAGUACCUGCAGAUCUUAUACAAAGUGCAUGUCCCGAGAAGAUUUUGGAAUUUGAGGAGAAAAAAUUGCUGCGGAAGAAACAAAACGUUCAAAAAAGAAGACCUAAGAAAAAGGAAACUGUGCCUUCUCUGGCCGAGCUUGAUCUAAAACUGCAGGGCAUGUUGUUAGAUGAUAAUUUGGAGGACAAUACCGACAAUACCGAUCACGAUGCCACUGAUUCUAUCGAGAGGAUAUUAGAAGAAACAACUUCUUUGGUUGAUGCUGUUCUAAACACAGAAAAAUCGACGCUGUCACAUGACGAUUACGAUGACAUAGAAAACAUUGGAUGGACUCAGAAUAUCAGCAAUAUAUCAAGCAUGACAAGCAAUGAUUCUAUCGGGAGGAUAUUAGAAGAAACAACUUCUAUGGUUGAUGCCGUUCUAAACACGGAAAAAUCGAUCCUGUCACACGAUGACAAUGACGUAGAAAACAUUGGAUGGACUCAAAAUAUCAGCAACAUAUCAAGCAUGAAAAGCAAUGAGUCUGUUUCUAGUACAGACAAAAGUGUGGUCAUAGAUCUUUUGAGCCCUUCUCCAUUUAAGCCAUCAAAUACUUCAAAAUUUCAUCCAUCAAGUGACCAAAAUAUUGAAGUGAUUAAUUUGAGUGAUUCAGAAAAUGAGGUGUCACCUGAACACAAGCAGAAAGCUAAAGAGUUGAGAUUGUUUUUAGCAAGUAUUAGAAAUGAAAUCCAUUGAGCUAAAGUGCUUGGAUGUGUAAUAUAGUGUGUACUAAAAAAUAACAUUUCUUAAUGAGAAAAAAAAUUAAGAAAUAUUGC